AUCAGUUGCACACGCGCGAUGCAGCAACCUUUAACUGGACGAAUCUUACUCCCUCAACAACUUUGAACUGGACAAGUUGUUACGAUACUUUCCAAUGUGCCCGGCUUGCUGUGGUCCUGGGGGUUCGGGCGUGCAAUACAUCCUCGAAUCGGGACCCGCGUUUCGUACAAUCAUCGGUCCAGAGUUUGAUCUGAUCGGAUUUGAUCCACGGGGUGUCGGAUUUACCACUCCGUCUUUAUCCGUCUUCGCAGACUCGGUUGAGGCAGGGGCCUUCUUCACGCAGCGCGUGGUGGACAUCAAUGCGACCGCUUCUUCUCUAGGGAUAUCUUUCGCGCAGACAACACUCUUAGGGAAACUUGUCGAAGAGCGUGCAAAAGAUGUGGCAAAGAUGGUGUCUACGCCUACCGUUGCGCAAGAUAUGCUUAGCAUUAUCAAUGCAGCCGGGCAAGACAAGCUGCAAUACUGGGGUAUAUCUUAUGGGACGGUUCUCGGGGCAACCUUCGCUUCAAUGUUUCCCGACAAGGUUGGCCGCGUUAUCAUCGACGGUGUUGUGGAUGCUGAGUCAUACUACAUGGGUAAUUGGACUGGAUUCAUCCUCGACAUGGACAAAACAUACACCAAUAUCCUUGAUGCUUGUGUCCAAGCUGGACCAUCUCUCUGCCCCAUAUUCGAGAACACUACCGCUCAAGUCCAUUCGCGGAUCGAAAACAUCCUGAACAAGUUACGCACCGAACCUAUCCUACUCUUCAACACCACGGCGAUCAACUCUCUUAUAGUCGACUAUGCUGCCGUUCGAUUCCAAAUAAUGAGGGCACUUUACUCACCGUAUGUUGAUGGUGCUCCGCUCACAGAGGCACUUGCGUUACUUGAGCAAGGCAAUGCGAGUUUAAUUGUCCAGAAUUCGGUUGGGAGCGUGUUCUCUGAAUUUCUUGAGAAUGAAUGCCCAGCACCAACAGGACAACCCUUCGUCGUUGGUGCAUUCGAGACCCAGUCAACUAUUCUGUGUGGAGACAUCGUCACGGAUGAUGUACAAACCAUCGACUAUGCCCGGAAUGCAUACGAUACCGCCUCAAAGUUUUCUCCUGAGUUUGCGGGAGCGUGGCUCUCCAUUUCUCUGUGCUCAGGUUGGACGCUUCGAUCAGAGGAUCGGUUCAAUGGUUCUUUUGUGAAAAAUACGAGCUAUCCGUUGCUACUCAUAGGAAAUACCCGUGACCCAGUGACGCCCUUGACAAGUGCGAUGAAGAUGUCGAAGGGUUUUGAAAACUCUGUCGUGUUGACACAGAAUUCAUCAGGCCACACAUCCCUUAUCGCUGUAUCAAACUGCACUUUCCAAGCUGUACGUGACUAUUUUGCGAAUGGCACCUUGCCCAAGGAGGGGACGAUCUGUCAGACCGAAAGCACUAUUUUCAACUCAACGUCAAUCAACCCGGCUGGAGCUGUGUUCGGGAUGCGUGCUAGGGAUGAAUCGGACUACAAUACGGACACGGAAAGUGAAUUGUUUAAAGCAGUUCACACAUUGCAGAAGGCCAGACAACGUGCAAACGGACGCGGGAUGUUCUAUUGAAGAUACAUCUAUGUCUAGGGAUUCCUACCACCGCAUGCAUAGAC